ACAGAUGCAUUUGUGAUGGAUUUCUGCAUCUGCAUUUUAAACUCCAAUAGCUGCUGCUGCUGUUAUUUUUAGAGCAUCUGCAGUUCUAACGGAUAGCCUGCAAACCUUUAGCAGAUUUCGAGUAGCCUAGGCUAACUUUUCUGCUCAUUCAUCAUUUAGGCUACAGUCAUAUUCAUAUGUAGCUCUGUGUUUGUGCGCUGUGCUGUCUCCUUUUUUUUGACGGGGUCCCGCGGUUUGCUGGCAGGCUGCAGCAGGGAUGGUAGCAGCUCAAUCAAUCCGAUCGGAUGAGCGUUGUACCAGUCGGUCUGGUGGUUAAUAUGGAAUAUUUGCACAGAGCGAUCUGCCAAAUCCAUUUGCACCGGCGGAAAAGGGAGGCCUGUAGUAGUGCAAAAUAGAAAACAGGUCAUUUCGCCGUUCUUUAUGGCUUCUGGCUCCGGAGAUGAAGAGGGAAACACGGGGGGCGUUUCAUGGAGACUCAUAGGCCCAGCCUCGGAGCUUUCCAAGAAGCGCUGCCGUCUAAUGCACUCCUCUCUCGGCUAUGAUUCCGAUGUCUGCCUCUUUUAUGUGAAGGGGGAGUUUUUUGCAAUGGAUGCUCGCUGUUCACACUCCGGCGGUCCUCUGUGUGACGGGGACAUUGAGGAGGCUGACGGAGUCCUGCAGGUCUUCUGUCCCUGGCAUGAUUAUAACUUUGAUCUCAGGACUGGGAGAUCAGGGACAUCACUGCAGCAACAAGUGUAUGAAGUCAAGCUGGAGGAUGGAAAUGUUUAUGUGAAGCACAGAAGUCAUCUGUCCUUACAGCCUUUUCAUCCAGAUUGGAAAAGCUGAUCUACCUCAGAGCAGGUGCUUUGUCCUCCUGUCCAUUUGUUAGACUUGUGUAAUGAACCUACUGUAGUUUGUUUUGAGACUUGCUCCACAAACCCAAGCCGUCCAAAAACAUUCCUAAGCCUUAUCUCUCAUUUUCUCAGUUUUGUUUCUCUUGGAUUUCUGUAUUCUCAGGACCAAAUCCAGGAGAGUUUCUUGUGUUUUUCUUGCUGCUGGCAUUCGAGAUGGAGAACCAUGCGCAGGCACUUAACCUGCAGAAUCAGCAGGUUAUUGUUGAUUUUUGAUAACACAAUAGAUGCAAGAUAAAGGUAGUGGAUUUAUGCAGUUUCAUGUUUUUAAAAGAAAAUAUCAUGAUUUUUAGUGGAAAUAUUGCAGAGUAAAUUUGAUGUGCACUUUAGUUUUUUGCCUUCAGAUUUGAGCCAUUUGCACUUUCCAUUUCAUUGUUGAUCAAAACCCAGUAAUUGGAGUGGAUCUCACCAUUUUUCAUCUCAGUUCUCAAGCUCUCAGCCUCUCUGCCUUGUUGCACUGAUAUGCACUAGCAAGCAAAAACAAAUCUGUUUAAAGAAACUGAAAUGAAGAGAAAUGCUGAUGGAAUUUGAAAAUCCUUCCAAAUGCUGUUUAUAAUUCAAAUAUAAUUUACCAAAACUCUCCACUUGUAAUCCGAGUUCUGUUGACCAAUCGCAUUUGAGCAAGCUUCGGUUACACGCAAAUAAAGAAAUCCAUGUGGGGAGCAAAAACAGGAACGCAUUCGCCAAACUGCAAUCUUGAAACUAUCAAGUUGUUGUCUGAAGAUAGUUUAAUUUUAUAUUUGCUUUGUUAACUUUAUCUUCAGGAACAGAAACGAAAGGCUUGACCUGGAUAUCCACUGGUUGUACUGCAAGUCUUGAAAAAACGGUUAUUGCACCAAGAUGCUAAGUCAGCAGACUGACAGUUUGGUUUUCGAAUCACAGAGGCAAUAGGAGUAUCCAAAAUGUAGCACUAUGAGUUUUUAAUUCAAUUAAAAUUGAUAAAAUAAAGAGUAAAAAUUGAGCACCAUCGUCUUGAUUUCUUGAAAAGAAUCAUCAUAUUUUGCAUGUUAGCGUUUUCGAAUAACCAGUACAGGUCUCCUUUAGUAAAGCCCACAUUUUGCAUCUAAGUGUCAUUUUCUUUCAUGGUUUACUAUAUUUCCUAUUAUUCCAGACUUGAGAGGCACACUUGUUUAGUUGUGCCCUUGAAGCGAUGUCACAUAGGAAGAAACUCUCUUCCGGGAUUUAUUUUCAAAACUUUUUUUUUAACCCAAUUAGAGUUUAAGCAAAUAGAAACACAUCAAGGACACUGUGGUUACAGUUGGUGGCAAUUCCACAGCUAACACGUCUCCAUCAGCAUUUCUCUUCAUUCCUGUCUUCUGCACAGACAGGUUUGUCUGUUACUGACGCAGUGGGAUUUACAAGGAACGGUUAGUAAGGCGCCGGAGGAAGGUUCACGACCUGAAAUGCACCACUGACUUAAGAAAAAUGUGUUUUCCUAGCUGUGCGUGUGUGAGUGUGAGCAGUGAUGCCAGUGUGCUUUUUUUGUCUUCGUGGUGAGAGCAGUCACUCACUAUAUUUUCUGUCAGCUUUGUUUUCUGGCAGACGCACAGAACCCCGUCACGAAGGUGUCAAUGACAGUGUGGCUCAACACUCCAGUUUUCCUCCCUACUGUGCUCCCUGUUGUGCAACUUUAUUACAAUAAUAAUUCCACUGGCUAAAAAUGUUAUGUGCACCAGACGUCUCACUGUGUUGUCUUACAUUUCAUCACCUGAAGGGUAAUGUGCAAACAAAGUGGAGAUACGGCUAUUUUGUGUCAGUAGAAAAGUCAAAGUAACAGUUUGAGGCACAUUGGGAAAAUUGGGAUUCUCAUCAGAAUUUUGUUAUGUUUCCUAAAAUGUAUUUUAUAUGCUUUUGUAUUUCUGGUGUAUGUAUCUGGGGUUCAUGUUAAUAGAGUUAAAAGUCAUUCUGGAGACUGCAUACACCGAUGCAUUUAAAUUCACCCCUCUGUUGUAAGCUAGUAUCAUCAGUAUCAUGUUUGUUGUAAACUUUGCUUAUUGCUGUAAGAUGGAAAAAGUAAAACUAGA